GUGGGGGGGGGGGAGCUGCAAAAAAAAAAAAAAAUCUGAGUCUGGUUAAUUUCAAGCAGGAAGGAAAAUAACAGCCUCUUAGGAAAAAAAAACCCACCCACCAGACUCACUCGCCAUCUCCCAGAGCUGUUGGGGAACCCGGUGCCUUUUUUUAUUUAGCAAAAACGGGGACAGACACCUAACAGAGGGGACCGAUAAACCGUCCUCAAAAAGCGACCUCGAUCUUGAGAGCGGAAAAUGUUCAAGCGCGUGAGCGUGCUGUGGUUAGGGGUGUCCACUGCCGUGGUGUGGUUGAGCUGCCUGGAGUUGGUGGAAGCCGCUGCAUGUGAGCCCAUCAGGAUCCCCAUGUGCAGGUCAAUGCCUUGGAACAUGACCAAAAUGCCCAACCAUCUGCACCACAGCACACAGGAUAACGCUGUGCUGGCGAUCGAGCAGUACGAGGGGCUGGUGGGCAUCAACUGCAGCCCGGCUCUGCUGUUCUUCCUCUGCGCUAUGUAUGCCCCCAUCUGCACCAUCGACUUCCAACACGAGCCCAUCAAGCCGUGCAAGUCGGUGUGCCAGAGAGCCAGGGACGGCUGCGAGCCCAUCAUGAGAAGGUACAACCACAGCUGGCCAGAGAAUCUGGCUUGUGAGGAGUUCCCCAUGUACGAUCGGGGAGUGUGUAUAUCUCCCGAAGCUAUCGUGACAGUGGAUGCACCUGAAACAUCCCCAGACAUCGCCAUCCAUUCUAAUGGUAAUGACUGCAGAAGCACUGGAAGCGACGGUUGCAAGUGCCCAACUUUAAAGCUGACUCAGAAGGUUUACCUGAGGAACAACUAUAAUUAUGUUAUUCGAGCCAGAGUGAAAGAAGUAAGAAAUAAAUGCCACGAUGUUGCCACGACUGUGCAAGUGAAGGAGGUGCUGAAAUCUUCCCUGGUGAAUAUUCCAAAGGAGACAGUCACACUUCACACGAGCUCGGCAUGUCUCUGCCCUGAGAUCAGGACCAAUGAGGAGUACAUUAUCAUGGGUUAUGAAGACGAAGAGCGAGCCAGGUUACUUUUGGUGGAGGGUUCCAUAGCUGUGAAAUGGAAGGAUCGACUUGGCAAAAGGGUUAAGAACUGGGAUCAGAAACUCCGACAGGAUAAGAGGAAAGGAAGAAGUGGCUAUCAGAACAGAGAGAAACGCAUACAACCGAGAGACGUGACAUCCAGAGCCAAAAAGAGCAACAAAGGCAAUAAUGCCAAGCCAGCACGUCAAUAAAGAACAUUUUUUUUGCACGAAAAGUCCCAUUGGACAGUAUGAAAAAAAUAAACCUGCAUUAUCGGAGUGGCACAGGAAAAUUGCACUAUUGCACGUAUGUCCUAAUAGCGACUAUCAAAUUUAGCUAUUCUGUAACUUUGUUAUUGUUUUUUUUUGUCCUCUUUUGCACGAAUGUUAAUGUAAGGAGAAAGAAUGCAGCAUCGAAUUGACGACCAGUAUUGCGAGUAUCGUGAAGCGAAGACUGUCUGUCUCAGAAUUAUUGUUGUUGGGAGUGAAUUGGGCGAGCUGCUUUGUUAAGCGGAUGGCACACAUUUAUUGCGUUUCUAGGCUAUUCGACCCUGAAACUUUUCUCGCAUGUUUGUCACUGAAGGAAUGCCUGAACUCAGGCCUGGAAUGUGUAAGGAUUGAAUUGUUCUGGCGUCACUGAUAUCCCAAGGACAAGGUUGUACAGUAGAGCCCCAGUUACGGAAUUUGUGCAUGUCAGACCUGAUGAUGCUCAUGCUCAUACCACUGGCUCAAUUCAGUUCAUAAGUGCGAGCAGAGGACCAUAGGGAUGGCCAACAGCACUUGUAAAACAAACACUGGAUACAAAGCUAUUUGGUCGUCAGGUGUGACCUAACUAUAGCUAUGAUUAGUAACGGAGACAGCGUACAAUCUCUCAAGGUGAUUGCAUCACAUGAACAAGGCUUGCAUCGAAUUAUGACAUUUAGUUUUGAAAUUUUAUGUUUUAUGAAGCAUUAAAUAAACAGUUCUUCGAAAA